UUUGUUAGAUGUGAAAAAAGAAGCAAACCGCUCUUAACUUUUCAUGUAAACCGCUCAGAUUUCUCCCGCUCUCUUUCUGAUCAUCUAUGGCGAAUCAACUUCUCUUUUGCACCAUCUUAGUGUUCUUCGUCUCUCUUUUUCCCUCUUUAACUCAUCAACUUUCAUUAUCAGAAGAUAUGCCAGUUCCUAGUUUUGCAUUUAGUUGGUUGGACAACAAUGGUACAUAUGUUGCUGGGGCUGUGGCAACCAUAAUGGUCAAGGUUAUUGAAAAUUUUGAUCCUGCCAAAGUGAAGCACCCUUUCAAUCCCAACAUCAGUGUCAAUGAUAAAAUGGGAAACAGUUCUUACAUUUCUGGCGUUUCAUCAAAUUUUGGUGGUAAUUUUGGGGAUUGGACGAUUUCUUUCGUUCCCAUCAUGACCGGGUUGUUCAAUGUGCUGAUCACUGAUGAUCACUUCAAUGUUUUUGAUUCUUCACUGCAUUUUCAAGUCACCCCAGGUAGCAUCUAUCCAUCUGCAAGUGUAGUGUCAUGGAAAAAUGGAGUGAGUGAAUUUGCAGCAGGGACGAAAGCUUCAAUUAUGAUUCUUCCUAAAGAUGCAUUUGGGAAUAAUAUAUCUUCUGCAAGUCAUGAAGGACUGAACACUUACAACUUUACAUCAUCUAUAUCUACUUUCAAUGGUUCCAUUGCAGCUAUGCUCAAUUUCACCAAUAAAGGAUGGGAUGUAUUUGGUUAUCUUGUGGCGGAGUUUGUUGUAGCUACAGCUGGAAGUCUUUUCCUUAAUAUAGAAGGAGACAACCAAACAUUGAGUGGUUGUCCACUAAUGUUCAUAGUGAACCCAGGAUCUCUGGAUGUUUCAAAAUGUUUGUUGCAGUGGGAACUUGAAACAAAAUACUUCCAAAUAUUUUCUCUUGUAGAAGGUUUUAUCCACCAGCACGAUCAAUAUGGAAAUCUUGUUCCAGGGUUGUAUGAAUUUGAUGUUGAAGUUAUUGAAAAUGGGACAGAUUUGAUUAUUCCUGUGACAGAUAUGCAAUUCAGGCAGGUCGGCCUGGGUAUCCAGUUGUUCUCCUUCAGCCUAAAGGAACCAGGGGACUUCAAACUUAUGAUAUAUCACAAAGAGCAGAAUAAUUCCAUCUCAACAAUGCCGUUUCAUUUUACUGUGUAUAUAGGUUAUUGUGAUGGAAUGAAUAGUAUUGUUAAUGGGUCGGGUCUAAAUGACUCUGUUGCUGGUGAAACUGCAAGGUUCUCUGUCUUAUUGAGGGAUGCUUAUCUAUAUCCUUCACUUGUUGAGAUAGAAAGCCUGCAAGUACAAGUAGUGAAGGAAUUCGAUUCUUAUCAUGCACAAGCAAGCAUACACCCAAUGAGGGUGGUCAAUGGAACUGCAUGUGGUUCGAAUUUGAAUUGCAGUGCACUUAAUGAUGUGGAACUUGCUUUUACUCCUCUGGCUGAUGCAAACCUUGAUCCGAGAAACAUGAGAUUUAAUGCCUUUGAUGUUAGUUAUAUACCAGAGAGGAGCGGUAUCUAUGAAAUUCGUGUAUUUUGUGGAAAUAUUCCAUUAAAUGGGGGUCAUCCAUUCAGAAAGGCAGUAAGUGCAGGCAAAGUUAAUAUAUCUCUUUCAGGACCUGUGAAAUUCAGUCCAAAAGUACCAAAGCUGACAAAGAAUGAGAUCACUGUUCAACUCAUGGAUUCAUAUUCUAAUCCAGUCUCCUUACAGCAGUCAAGGUUAAAGUUGGAGAUUGGUUCAGUUAACAGAUCGGUUUUUUUAAUUGGGAAUUUUAGUGAUAAUAAGGAUGGCACGUAUAGUGGAAACUACCAGGCAACGGAUGUUGGCACCUAUGAGUUAUGUGCCUCUUUUGAUGGAAUGCAUUUCACGCCAUGCCCCUUUGGUGUGAAUGUAUACACUAGUGAGUAUUUCCCUAGAGUACAGAAUGAUUCGGUCUGGGUCUGGGAGGAUGAUUCAAUUGCUUUUGAUGCACUAGAAAAUGACUAUUUUGCUGGCCAUAACAUCACAAUUGUUGAAUUUUCAAAGCCAGGUCAUGGUUCAAUUCUUCAAUAUGGGCAUCUCUUUAGAUAUACGCCCUUCAAAGGAUUCAAUGGGAGGGAUUCUUUCUCUUAUACAAUAUGUGACGUGAAUGGAAACAUUGCCUCUGGUGGUGUGGAUAUAUCUGUGCUAAGCAUCCCUCCUCAGGUCGUUUCAGUACCAAGUCAAUUGUUGGCAACUGAAGAUGUUAUUAGUCCGAGAUUUGGUGGUUUCUCUGGACUUGAGAUUAUGUAUUCAGAUUCAACUGAAAAUAUCAGCAUUACAUUUAGUGCACAAUCUGGGAUUGUUUUUCUGUCUCCUAUGCUGAUGCAAUUCUGGAAGCCAGCCUGGAGUAUUUCUUCUACGUCCAAGGAGGUUGGAAAUACUACCGAAUUAACAUUAACUGGUUGUGUUGAAGAAAUCAAUUUUGCCAUACAGUCGCUGCAGUAUUUUGGAAAUGAAGACUUCUACGGCACUGAUACAAUUCAAGUCUCUACGAUGAACAAAAAUGGGAAGAACAGUUUAGAUAUUCCUAUAUUGGUGGAAGCUAUCAAUGAUCCUCCACUAAUUAAUCUCCCUCCUUUUGUUAUUAUGGAUCAAGGAAGUGAGGACGGAUUCAUUUUUACUAGAGACGGGAAUAAGUCCGUUGUUUUUGUUGGAGAUCCAGAUCUACUGCAUUAUCCUGGGAAUGCGUCCCGUUUCUUGGUUAUGUUCUCCAUGGAAGUCACCUCUGGCUUCCUUUCAACAAAGCUUCCUGCUAACCUCAUUAGUACGACCGAAUUAAAAUUGAGAACCAGCUACCAGUGGCAGCCUCUUCAGACAUAUGUAACCAUCUCAGAACAUUUUAUGGUCAAAGCCAAAGGCAUUAGGUUUCGGGGUACACUAGAAGACUGCAACAGUGUCUUGGAGCAAUUGUUAUAUCAUGGUGAUGAACAUCGUGUUUUUCUUAUUGUGACAGUGAAUGAUAUGGGGAACUACGGGUGCUACCCAGACUGCACUGAUUUGAUGUCAAUGCCUCAUUUUGUAGAGGCUUCUGUUAGUCUCAUGAGAGAAAGACCUCUGAGUUCAUUUUUUGUACAUGCUUUUGGAUCGGCAAUUAUUGUUGAAUUUAUUCUGGUGCUUUCGCUUGGUGUGAUACUUCUAUGCUUCAUAUGCAAAUGUGCAUUUGUUCUCAUUAAUGAGAAAAGGAGGCAGACACCCCAGGAUUCUGAGCUCUCCAAUGCCCAACAUUCCCACGAAGGAAAAUUAAUCGAGUGUUUAUCUGAUAAGAUGACUCGUCUGAGAGGAUGCUGUUCAAAUUCCGUCAUGUCUAAUCUCCAGCUCUCCAAAUUCCAUAUGCGGUCCUGCCUACAGCUUGGAAUUGGAGGAUGUCCUAAACCCACUAAUACGUCUUCAAAUGAUCAGCUUGAAAUGACUUCUCCUUCUGGGCUAAGUCCUGCAGCUUCUACAAAAGAUAAGCAAUUUUCAAACCAACUGGAACAGCCUCAAGUUUAUUAAAGAUGAUCAAAUUCUUUUUGAUAGGCUGCUUUUAACUUCUGUGGACAUUGAAUACAAUAUGGUGUAGUAGAAUAUUAUCUAUUGCCGGCACUUGUAAAUACUAAUGUUGAAGGAAGUGAAGCUAGUUACUUGUAUAGUGACAAUUUGAACCGGAAA